CCGGCACCGAUAUAAUCGAUCAAUGUCAGCUGUCCUUUGACUGCAGAGAGGAUUUGGAUAGGCACAUGCACGAUCAUCAUUAUUGCCGUCAACAGGAAGCAGUGGGUCGUGUUUGAAUCAUAUGUCGGAUCUUAUACUUUUCGCUAUAUUGGACCGGAUCUGUAUUCUGAUCUUUACGAAAGGUAGCAACACAUGAUACUUUUAAUAUUUCACAUGACGUCUCAUUGCGCCCAUCGUGCAAGAACAGGACCAUGGAGUUGUCUGAUCCACGUAACUCAGAAGUGUUCUGAUUUCUACGAAGCUUUUAAAUUUGUUAUAACUGUCCUGCACUGUACCCACUACCACUCCACUUUCAUCAUACUAUGGCUUCCAAGUUUCUGCUUUUCGUCUCGCUCUUUCUAACAUUUGCGUUCUCGGUCACCGGGUGGUCAGUUGUGAUCAACGCUCUAGUGAAAUCCAACCGAGAGAGUUCAUAUGUCAAGAGCGCAGUCGAGGCUAAUGGCGCCAUCGUAGAUAUCAACUAUCAUGAUAUCUACUCGGUUUGCUCUGUCAUCGCGGCAGCCUGCGCACUUUUGACAGCCCUCUCCCUCUUGUCAGCUUUCUCCCAAUUCUUCUCCAUUGGGAAGAAACAGCGGCCCCUGCGCCUCCAAGGCUGUCUCAUGUUGUUUGGCGCCCUUUGGCUUCUGGCCACUGUUAUUGCAUGCGACGUUCUCUUCGUCAUUCGGUCAACCAAGAUCACAGCAACCGUCGGCGGAGUCGCGGUACCUCAAAGUGUCAUUCAGCAGAUGGUGCAAGACAUCGGUGUUUCACCUGAAUACAGGAAGAAAUGGUACCUGAGACUUUGUGCGAUCCUUCCAUGGUUCGCAGUCCUUUUCGCAACCCUCAGCGGACUGUUACUUCACAGUGCCGCUAGGAACACCAAGGGCUAUGCAAACACGGAGGGAACAGAUUCGGAGAAGAUUACGCGAACCUCUGAUGUGUAACAGGCUUGAAACUUUGCACAUAAAUUUUUGUAGUAUACCAACGCUUCACGAUGGCACGCGAACACGACUUAUGCAUCCACUACUGACACAGAGAGUUCUGCAUCACGAUUUUCCUUCCUGUCCGACACCGAGUCCUCGUCUCCGUAUUCACCUUUCAUGAUGGGUGCAAGGUUGGAUACAGGUCCUUUGAACCAGUGCGCACCUCCAUACACCGGGCAGUAAUA